UUUAUACACAAGAGCGAGAGAGGGAAAGGGAGAAAUUACUCACAGCGCGCCUCAAUGGAGGUUUCAACAUUUUUUGAAUAUUCAUAGGGUUCUUACUUCUCCUUCUUCUUCUGGAUUUCAAUUAUUAGCGAUUUUUCUUCUCUGAUUUCUCAAUUUCUUCGAUCUGCUUCGUUGAUUCUCGAAUCUUCUAUGAACAAUUUCGCCCUAAUUCUUUCAUAAAAAGCUUCCUUAUUAAGCAAUGGUUCGAGCUGUAAAACGCGAACCAGUUAAUACCCCCGGUAAUGGAGCCAAGACAAGGAGAAAUGGUGCCGCAGCGGCAGAGGCAGUGGCGGCAGCAGUAGCAGGCCCUAGCAAUAGCAACAACAAUAACAGUUCGGUGGAGGAAGAGACUAUAAUAGGGCGAAGAGUUCUUCGUUCUCAUUAUCUCAAUUUUAAGAAUCGGAUUUCUGAUGAGAGAGAUAAUAUAUCAACAGUUGAUUCAGAUAGAUUUAAGUCAAUAAUUGAGGAAGCUGAAAGGCUACAUCAGCAAGUACAAAAACCUAGGGAACAGGUCGCCGAUGCUGAAGCCUUGCUGGACAUCACAAACACGUUGGUGACGACUGUAAAGGCACAUAGUGAUGGAGGCGUGACCCCUUCAGAUUUUGUUAGUUGCUUACUUAGGGACUUUUGCCAAGAAGGUGGAUCCAGCCGUAGGACAGAAGAGGAUGGAAACUUUGUGCACUGGUACAAUGUUGGUCGUGUAGUCUCUCAUGUUUUCAGGGGUGCUCCUGGAUGCUGCACUAUGAUUGGACCUAUGAAUACUGAAAUUAAGCAACGCUAUCCUGUGGUUCGUAAAAAGCGUGUGAUGCCAACAGAAAGUGAACACCCAGAGGAGCUAGAUGAACCUGAUGGUGAAGGCAAGACAGACACUGACAAGAAUAUGGCGACAAUGUUCCAGAUUCUAAGGAGGCAUAAAAAUGCCAAGCUUGAAAACUUAAUCCUGAAUAGAAGAUCCUUUGCACAAACAGUUGAAAAUUUGUUUGCCCUAUCGUUUCUAAUUAAAGAUGGGCGGGCUGACAUAACUGUUGACGACAAAGGCUGUCAUAGGGUUUCACCAAGGAAUGCACCUGCUUCUAAUGCAGUCCUUUCUGGGGAGGUUUCUUAUAACCACUUCGUCUUUAGAUUUGACUUCCAGGAUUGGAAGCUUAUGUUAGCUUCUGUUGCUGUUGGAGAUGAAUUAAUGCCACACAGAAAUGAAGCGGAUAUACCAGCCACUUCUCAACCAGCAUCAAGUACCGUAGAUAAGGAACAAGCUGUUUCAACAACACCUAUAAGGAAGUUAUCUCGGAAUCGUGGUCUGGUUUUGCAGGAGCAGACUGUAGUUGAAGACUCCCCAGAAAGUGACAAUUCUGCAAGAGCUGCUGCCAUUCGUAAAGGAAAACGAAAGCUCACACAAGACUAAGCUACAGUUUAUCCACUUUGAGAUGAUGCAGGAUGUUCCUUAGUUAUUGGUGAAGUAUUAGGAUUUGUUAAUUUCCUUCUGAUUUUCUUCCCACCCCCUCUUUGGCCAAUAUCUCUUUGGUUAAUAGACAUAGAGGUGCCAAAUGGACAUUCGUUGGGGACAUGGGAAUUCAAAUGUUGGGAAAUCCCCCAAGUGGGUUUUAUGCUUUCUGUAAAUUGUUCUCCGUUUGUAGUAAACUAGUAAUUGUGACACUGGUGGUAACAAUUCAGUGUUGUUUUUUUUUUAAAUGA